AUCAUGAAAGUCGCAACACCUUCGAGAAUUGUGAAAUCACCAUGGGAUUUUGAUUUUUUUAUUUAUAAUGGUGUCAUAGACAAGACAGCCCCGGACUUCUUAGCAUUCAAGGAACAUUUUAAUUUAUCUUGGGGAAGUAUUUUUUCCCUCUUGGAACACAUCGAGAAGUUUCUCAGGGACUAUGCAAUACCAGAAGUUAAAAUAAAAGGGAACAAUUUGGUAGCCUUCCUUCCGGAGUUUGAGCUGAAGAAUAAACUUACCAGAUACGACUUUCUCUCACUGUUAGAGAACCCACUUCAUAUCCAGAUGAUGUUAAAUCUUCCAGGGCAAAGGUACAAGGGCCAAGAUGGAAGGUCAGAGGCUGCCAACAAGAUCCAAGCCACAUGGAAAUGCUUCAAGGCAAGAAAAUUCUUCCUCAUCUAUCGCCAGCAGAAGUGGGCAUCGGGUGUGAUUUCCAUUGCGUGGCUCUUACAUUGCCAUAAGACCCGAGUGAAGAAGAUCCUGAAGGAAUCACGUGAGAGACACCUGGAGAAUUUCCGUAUCCGAGCCAAGCAUCUGGCAGCCAACUGGAAUCGCAUCAGGACCUCCAGGAGGACUAUUAUCCAUAUCCCAUCAUUAGGAUAUUCUCUGCCUGUGAGACAAAAUAUUGACGACUUCAACACACAGCAGAACAUGCAGCUGGGGAGGCUGUGUGACAUCUUAGAUGCCAAUGUGAGCGUCAUCUACAUCUGCUCCAUUCAGAUGAACGAUGAAUUACUGCGGUAUUACAAUAAAAUCCUGAGUCUACAGGCAGCUGUCAAAUCGGGGAACCUUGAGGACAGAAGUGACCUGCAGGACAGGUUCAAAAUUAUCACCCCUGAAGCUAUAAACAUCUUCCCUAAGCAUCAUAUGUGCCUGGCCACUUACCUGAUGUACAGUCCCAAGGCGAUCAAAAGAAUAAAAAAUCUCAUCCAAGGAAAAGAGGCCUACAUUGUCAGCGGGCUCCUCCACAGAGAUGAUUUGGCCGUGGCGGAUAUGUUAAACUUACCCAUCCUGGGUCCAGAGCCUGAAAUAGCUCAUCUUUACAGUAGCAAGUCUGGAAGCAAAUGGGUCUUUGAGAGCGCCAAUGUGCCAGUCCCUCCUGGAGUGUAUGGCAUCUAUUGUCACCAACAGAUGCUAGAACAGCUGGGUCAUCUGGUCAUAGAUCACCUGGAAAUCCAACGCUGGCUCUUUAAAAUGGACUAUGAGUUUGGAGGAAACGGGACUGCAUAUUGUGACAUUCCUUCCCACCUACAGUGCUACAAGUGGUUCCUACAGGAGAGGGGCAGAUACGGCCACAAGAACUGGAGGAAGAAAUGGGCACAAGAGCCAGCUUUGGUGAAGAUCUCCGAGGAGCUAGCAGGCAUUUUAGCACAGCACGCGCAGCCAGUCAAUGAGAAACGGUUCCCGACGUGGAGGAAAUUCCUCCAAACGUUUCUCAGUCAAGGAGGCACGAUGGAAGCAUUCCCACCUGCAGAAAGUGUCACCAACCUGACGGUGGACAUGCUGAUCGAGCCCAAUGGAGAAAUCAGAGUGCUGUCCACGGGGGACCAGCUUCAUGCAGAAGGCCCCUUCAUCUCUACUGGUACCACCAUGCCUCAGACCUCGGUGGAUCCCCAAGUUCUCAGUUCUUUGUGCCUCAAAAUUGGAAAUGCUUGUAAAAUGAGAAAUGUGGUUGGUUACUUUUCUAUAGACCUGGUGACAUUUAUUGAUCCAACCACCUUGGAACAGCAGGUGUGGGCAACAGGCCUCAGCCUCUCCUACAGUGACCAGCUGGCCCUGACUCAGCUCACCUUAUACCUGACCAACGGCCAUCUGGAUUGCAGUCUGAGCACCCUGAAAGUGCCCUUUGUUCCCAAGAAAGAGAAGAAAAUGAGCUGCCUUAAUGCCCCCUCAGUGCCGGCAUCAGCAACCAUUCGCUAUGCAGUGAUGACUACCCAGCUGAAGCACAACAAUCUCUCGCUGGUUUUCCACUAUGUUUUCCUCCAGAUGUGUAAGGCCCAUGGCAUCGGCUAUGACAUUGAGGACAGACAAGGAACUAUUUUUAUAUUAUAUGAACACCUGAAGAGAGACAAGUUGGGAAUGUUAACAAUCGGUGAAGAUCUCCAGGGGGUCCUCAUGACCUUUGCUCGAAAUCUCUUCAUCAUCCAUCAAGAAAUAUCAGCACCUAAUAUGCAAGGCGAGACCAAUUUUAAGACGGCCAUUGAUGACAUUGAAGCCAUUCUAGGAGUAACAGAGGAAAACAAAAUAAGAUUUGAAGAAGAGCUAAAACAGUUCAAAGAUGAUAAAAACCUCUCUAAACCUGAUAAAUGA